GAUCCUGCCCUGCAACAUCUUGAACCAAGAAUGGUUGAACUGAUUUCAAAUGAGAUAAUGGAUCAUGGGCCACCUGUAGCAUGGGAGGACAUUGCAGGACUUGAAUUUGCUAAGAAGACCAUCAAAGAAAUUGUGGUGUGGCCAAUGUUGAGGCCUGACAUCUUCACGGGGUUGCGAGGACCACCAAAGGGACUCUUGCUUUUUGGCCCACCUGGAACUGGAAAGACACUGAUUGGAAAGUGCAUUGCGAGUCAAUCAAAAUCAACCUUCUUCAGUAUUAGUGCAUCUUCACUUACAUCAAAAUGGAUAGGCGAGGGUGAGAAGAUGGUGAAAACUCUGUUUGCGGUUGCUCGAGUGCACCAGCCUGCCGUCAUCUUCAUGGACGAGAUCGACUCCCUGCUCUGUCAGAGAUCUGAGCAGGAGCAUGAGUCAUCGAGGAGAAUCAAAACUGAAUUCCUCGUGCAGUUGGAUGGCGUAGCAACGGGGGAAGAUGAUAGAAUACUUGUAGUUGGAGCCACGAACAGACCACAGGAAAUAGAUGAAGCAGCGAGACGUCGAUUUGUCAAACGACUCUACAUCCCUCUUCCAGAAUCGUCUGCUCGUCAGCAAAUAAUUUGCAGACUGCUGAUGAAACAGAGACAUAAUUUGGCUGAAGAUGAUGUCACUGUCAUCUGCUCAAAAACCGAAGGAUAUUCAGGGGCGGAUAUGGCCAACCUGUGCAGGGAAGCAGCGCUAGGGCCCAUCCGAAGACUUGAUUUCAACGACAUUCAGAACAUUAGCGAGGACCAGGUUCAGGCGAUAGAUCUACAAGACUUCCUUAGUGCAUUAAAGCAGGUUAAAGCAAGUGUUUCCUCCCAGGAUUUGAAGUUGUAUCUAGAUUGGAAUCAAAAGUUUGGAAGUUGGGAUGUAUAAUAUUUUUAGGAAAAAGAAGGUUAACCAUUCUAUGAACAUUAAGAUGGAAAGAUUGUUGAAUGUACAUUGUCACAAUCAAACGUAGGUCAUAAUAGCUGUUAGUUGGACUGAAACUUUGUUUAUUAUUGUUCAACAUUUACUCGUCAUUUUAUAUUUUCCUCCUAUUUAUAUUUUCGGGUUUUAUUUUUUUUAUAAAUUUUCUAUAUGAAAACGCGCAUGUUCAAUUUUGUUUCUAAAUUCUUGGAAUGAAAUUGAUAGUUUUGUAUAUUAAAAAUAAAUCUUUGAAUGCCGCA